AUGAUCCCCCCCCAGCGUGAGAGUGCUCUGCACAAACGCCCCCCCCAGGUCAGAGCAGACGAGCUGAGGAGGCGGAGCAACGAGCUGAAGAGGCGGAGCAACAAGCUGAGGAGGCGGAGCAACGAGCUGAAGAGGCGUAGCAACAAGCUGAGGAGGCAGAGCAACGAGCUGAUGAGGCGGAGUAACGAACUGAGGAGGCGGAGCAACGAACUGAGGAGGCGGAGCAACGAGCUGAGGAGGCGGAGCAACAAGCUGAGGAGGCGGAGCAACGAGCUGAGGAGGCGUAGCAACGAGCUGAUGAGGCUGAGCAAAGAGGCUGAGGAGGCGGAGCAACAAGCUGAGGCUGAGGAGGCGGAGCAACGAGCUGAGGAGGCAGAGCAACGAGCUGAUGAGGCGGAGCAACGAGCAGAGGAGGCGGAGCAACAAGCUGAGGAGGCAGAGCAACGAGCUGAGGAGGCAGAGCAACGAGCUGAUGAGGCGGAACAACAGAGCAACAAACUGAGGAGGCAGAGCAACGAGCUGAUGAGGCGGAACAACAGAGCAGAGCAACGAGCAGAGGAGGCGGAGCAACAAGCUGAGGAGGCAGAGCAACGAGCUGAUGAGGCUGAGCAACGAGCUGAUGAGGCGGAACAACAGAGCAACAAACUGAGGAGGCAGAGCAACGAGCUGAUGAGGCUGAGCAACGAGCUGAGGAGGCGGAGUAGCGAGCUGAUGAAGCGGAGCAACGAGCUGAGGAGGCGGAGUAGCGAGCUGAUGAAGUAG